AUGUCAGCAGUCAAAAGACGGCCCAGGCAGCAUCACGCCUCUCUCUGGGUCGCCACAGACUCCGCGAGGCGUGACGGUGGCGUGCACGCGAGCCUCCGCGGCGCAAUUGUGGACGCGUUGUUUGCGGCUGAUCCGGCGCCUACUGCUGCCGCAUACUUAGGUUUAUUAUGGUCUGGUCCACACCCAGGUCCGCUCUGCACGCUUUCGCAAGAGAAGACCAGCACUUGGAAGAGCGGCGAGAAAGCGUUCCAGAUCCUGUUCCCGAACGUGGAGCUCCCAGGAAUAGCAGCUGACCGUCAAAUUCCUCCCGACGAAACAGGUCGGGAUAUCAACUGGUGCUUCCAGAGCGCGCUCAUCACAUCCAGGUAUCCAUCCACGGGCCUCCAGAGCGCACUCGGCGCUCUGAUUCCUGCGAAUAUUAUUACAAGAGCAACUAUGCACGGGAAAGCGGCGGUAUCUGUUGGCGCAGCUACAUCGGUCACGGAUAUCUAG